AUGAGCGCUCUGCAUAGUCUGCUCCUUGCGACUAUCAUUGCGUGGUCCACGAAAGUGGUUAUCUCCAGAAUACUGGCUGUUCGAGCUGCGAUUCGGAGUCUGAAUGCUCCGUAUGGCGGACUCCUCGUCUUCAAUCCAUUUUACAGCCUAGCACUGAUCGCUGGACGAAUGCGUUACCCAAGGGAACAAAAUAUUGGGUCCUGGCAGUCCAAGUUUACGCCAUAUGCCCGCCAGCGCUCAACGUGUGUUGGUGCAGUUAUCCUUGAAGAUGCCAUUCCAAUUGUCUGGUUUUCGGAUGCUGAGGCGAUCAAGUACAUUACCUCUGAGUCGGUUAUGUUCCAAAAGGACUCUGCAGCGUACAAACCCCUCAAUUUCUAUGGAAUGAAUCUCGUUGGAACAGAAGGCGCUGACUGGCGACGCCAUCGCCGUAUUUCCAACCCAGCAUUCAACGAGACUGGUAAUGCCUUCGUUUGGAAAGAGGCUAUUCGCGUUGCAAAUGAGUGGUUUGCGCAGAUCGAUAGCCGCAUGCAAGGAAACCAACCACUUGUGAUCAAUGCAAGGGAAGAACUUCUCCAGGCCGCUCUCCUUGUUAUCUCAUCUGCCGGGUUCGGUCGCCGAGCCUCUUGGGCAGAAGAUGGUCCCGUUCCACCUGGCCAUACGCUCGCAUUUCGUCAAGCAGUAUCCUCUGCUGUCGAACAUCUUCACGCCAAGGUGAUGACUCCCGAUUGGUUCUACGCACUCUCCGGCCGCGUAUACGUUCCUCUCGUUGGGAAGGUCGCGCGGGAUACCCGAAUUGCUUUUGAAGCCGUGCGAGUCCAUAUGCAGGAACUUGUUGGAUUGGCGCGUGCAUGGGUCAUCGAAGGAAAGGUUGAAAGCAACAACGAGGCGGCCUUGUUGCGCAAUCUAGUUGAAGCUAAUAUGAAUGCGCCGGAAACGGACGACGGGGAAAUGGGAACAAAGACGUUGGCUGAGGAUGAGCUGCUCUCGAAUACCUGGGCAAGUAACAAUCAACGUUUUUACUGGCUGGCCAUGGUGUGUUUCGGCGGCAUAUGGAAUGUCCUUUUAGUAGUAAACUUUUACUCACACAUUUAUCUAGAGACAACAGGUCACACCAUGACAUUCGCGGUCGGGUUGCUCGCAUUGUACCCCGAUGUCCAACAAAAACUAUACGAAGAAGCGGUCAAACUAUGGCCAAACGGUGCGCCGACCAACGUUACAGAAUCGCCAUACAAAGAAACUGUGCCUAAACUAUCGUACACAAUCGCAGUGAUCCAUGAGACCUUGCGACUCUUUCCCGCUGUAAUCCGCCUCCUCAAGCUCGUCCGCGAAGAUGCAAUCAUCCCGUCCUAUCAUUUCGACUUGUCAGCGUCAGGCACACCCGAAAAUUUACAACAUAUAACCGUUCCUGUGCAAGCCGGGAGUCAAGUCAUGGUUGAUAUUCGCGGAUUACAUCACAACCCGAUGUAUUGGCCCGAACCCGAAGAAUUCAGACCUGAGCGCUUCAUCGACACAGAGUCGUAUCGCUGGCCUCGAGAUGCUUUUUUGGCAUUCUCUGCUGGCCCGAGAAACUGCAUUGGCCAAAGAUUUGCGCUAACCGAAGGCGCAUGCAUACUUGCGUCGCUUGUUCGGAAUUUCCGGCUUGCAGUUCCGGAACGUCUGCGGGGGUUGUCGGUCGCGGAACAGAGGGAAUCAUUACUGGCAUGGAGACCUUGGAUUACGAUGCAGCCUUUCAACUGCUCUGUUGAACUGAGUCGACGGAAGAUUUAA